GUGAUUAUGUGCCUGUCUUAUAUACAUGUUUCCUUAUCCCUAUCUUCUCAGAGAUCCAAAAAUCUGACUGUAGCCCCUCACCUCUGUCUGGAAGAUUAAUCUCCAGAUAGAUUAAGACCCCUGAAAGACAGCAUAGUCUAGAAGGAAGAUGAUGGAAAAGGACAGAACUAUGUAGGAGAUAACUGUGAAGGGCUCUGGUUGGACCUCCUCUACCAGGAAUCUAAAGUGGUUGCAGGUGCUGUAGAUGGAAAAUGAUGGAUUCAGAGUUGAGAAAGAAGAAAUCAAUCAAGAUCAUAUCUGGAAAAUUGCUCUGCAUUUUCAAUGAUCACCAAAGCACAGUGCCACUGAAGCCCAUCUCUUUAACACCAAUAGUCUCUUUACUAAAUGGCUGUGAAUUGUAAGAAUAAGAGAAGAAUGGGAAGCUUGGUACCACCAUCAUCACCACCACUUGGAACUGAACUGCUCUUGGUUCCUGAUCCUUGGAGCAUCUAGAAUAUUCUGUUUCCUGUUCUUGGAAUUCCUAUUGGAAAAACAUCCAACAGCACCAUGAGAAGAAGGAGAAUUUUGCCAAAUGCCUCAGUUGAACUCUCUGGAAAUCACCGGGCCAAGGUGGAUAUAUCACCAUGUUCUUCAUAUUGGACUCUACCACUAAAUACACAACAACAUCAUUGUAAGCCUUUGAUGAUACCACACUUAAAUCAAAACCAGGCCAAAAUCAAGGUGUUGUCCCAUCCUGGCUACAAGAACACAUCUGCUCCCUCAUCAUGCUUCAAACACCAGGGCUCAGCUAUACAAUUAUCGCAUGCCAAGAAUUCGACAGUGGCUGUAUCCUUACCCCAUCUUGGUCAUCAGUGCCCUACUAAACCUACAACCACACGUUCAUCAUGCCCUAAACAUUGGGCUAGAAACGUAAUUCCAUCCUUGCCAUUUUCUGAUUCUAGGGUAAAGACUGCUGAUGUCAUAGAUUUGCCAUGCUCAGAAAAGUGGAUAACUUCUCCAUCUAGCCCUGACCUGUGGAAUAAGGCUUCACUGGACCAAGAGCACCUUCCUAGGAUUUCUCAAGGAUUUGAUCAUUGGGCUGAAAAUGCACGACACCUCAAUCACUGGACCACCAUUUCUUCUUCCCCUCACUAUCAGAAUGAGGUUACAUCUUGUAGAACCUGCAGAUCGAGAGCCAAAACUAAAAGUUCUUUAUCCUUAGACUAUGGGACCAAAGCCACAAUUAUUCCAUUUUCAUCCUAUAAUCAUCAGUCUAAAGUAUCCCAAUCACUGAAGCACUAUGAAAGGAGCAUAAGCUCCCCAUUACCAUUAAAGAUCUUCAGUUACAGAGCCAAAGGUACACCACUGAUAUACCGUGAUCCUUGCUCUAAAACCAGUGGUGAAUCAGGCAGAUAUCAUAGGGAAAGUCCUCUAUUAUAUGCUGAUCGGAUGAUAGACAGUGUUCAAAGUAGACUAAAGUUCAAUCAGUGCUUCAAAUCUCCAGAUGCCAAACAUUGCAUUAUACAUCCACUAAGAUCAAAAAGUCAUGAGACUGAGACAAAGUUACUCCCUGAUUACCAAGUCUCACUUAAGAAACUUCUACUAGAUCCAGAGUACCGAGAUAAAUUUCUUCUUGACUCCAAAAAGGAUACGGAGAUUCCUCUGAGCCUCAGUUACCAAAGUAAUGAUGAACUUGAGCCAGAUCAAAAUGCUAAGUGUCUACUGACUCCUACUCACCAUGUUAAAUCUACCUUUGAUGUUGAUCAGCAGCAAAUAGAGGAUACAAUAGGUUCUAAAGCAGAGGUUCAUUUUGCUUCAGAUCUAAAUCACAAAAUCAAAUUUAGACCGAGUAUUGACGACUGCAUGAAAUAUGACCCAAGACCUGAACAGCAGGAUGAAAUGUCAUCAGAUUCCGACUUCCUGAUGAAAGAUAAAUCAGAUUCUGGCCAGGAGAUUAAACUUCCUUCAAAACCCACAAAUUGGGUCAUAUUUCCUCUAGACAAUAACCCCAGGGACAUAUCUUCCCAGAACAGUCAGAUUGCUCCUUAUUCAAGUCUUGAGCAACAAUCUACAUCUCCUCUGGACAACACACAAGAAACUUCAUCUCCAUUCCUUAAACAAUGGCUCAAACCUACACAGGCUCCCAAAUACUGUACCACACAUUUUACAUGGCCCAAACAUCCAGACACACCUUCUUCAGAGUUUGACUUUCAGCAAACAUCUCCAUUGAGCUUUGAACAUAGACAAAUAAAUACACCAAUCUUUGAUGAGCAGUUGGAGUCUAUAAGAGAUUCUCUCUCUUCUGCACAAGGUCAUUCACAUCUUUACCACUCUGCCAAGGCAUAUCCAGACAAACAAGGUAAGGCUGUAUCCAUUCCCAAAUAUCAGAACCAGGCAAUAAAUAAUAGAGAAUCUUCAUGGUGUUUUAAUUAUAUUAGGCCAUAUAUAAUUAAGGGUGGUACUGUCCAUAGUAGAACUGUUAACAGCAUCAUAAGUUCUAUCCCUCAGAAGGAAAUUAAAAAUGACAUCCGAAAGCAAAUUCUUCUUAAGAGGAUGAAGGAAAGUAGUAAUCAUCGGUUUGGAUCACACCUCUGUGCGAGUUAUAAUGUCUGUGUCCUUUGUGCUUCCUGGAUUCCAGAUGGUUGUCCUCAUGUGGAUAAAAUGAAUGGACAAACCAUAGCACAAUUGUUGGCUAUACCCACACCUGUGCCUGGUUCUAAUACAAGGAUGGGCAUUAAAUUUAUUCUCCAACUCCCCCCACAAAGGACAUCUCCUGAUAUUUACUCACCACACACAAAUUUUGGGGUGCCCCACCACACCCAUUCAUCUACCAUUCCUUCAUCAUUCCAUUCAGAAUUUAUAUCCCAUGAAUCUCCACUGUUAUCAUCGCUUGGCUAUAACCAUGCUAGGCAUCAGCACUCAGCCAGAAGAAAAGCAAGUAGGAGUUCAGAGCUACUACUAGGAGAAAUGUCCAGGAGGAAAGAAGAGUCAGUAGAAUCUGUGGGAAUUUUCAAACCUUUUCUGGAGAGAUAUCAUAUGAAGAGGAGGGGAAAUUAAAAUGUCAUUCUUAAAGCAAUUGACUUCCGGUGUAUCUUUGUGAAAAUCUGUUUUUUCUUCUGAGUUAAUUAUUGGCCUUUACAGACAGGUAGAAAUUGAAUUUGGCUUAUUGAUUCAUAUGACAGUUAUGUACUCUUUUAAGUAUUUGUGGUA